AUCUAUGGAAUUUACCAUUCUCAAUUUUGACAGCUGACCCCAUCCAUCAAAAGCUUUCAAGCUUGUGCAAAAAUAUUUUUAAUUUUUCUUAAUUUAUCCUAACUCCAUAGACGUUAUGCUAUAAGCUUAACAUACAGGAGUGUGCGAGUGUAGUUGGUCAGUGGUGUGGUGUGAAAUGAUUUCGUGUUGAAAUCUGUCAGGUUACUACGUUAGCAAUAUGGGGUCCAUGCGACCGACGGGAAGGUUCCUAUCGUUCGCUAAUAACAUCCAGAGGACACAGAAGCAAACUGUGCCAAGUGGAUUCCCGCAAAGCCUAUCAGGCAGUGAGACAGAUGUAUCAACAUCUAAUGAGAACCUAUCAAGAGAAGAGCGCUAUGUGGUCCGACACACCGCCAGAGUGGAGCCUCAGGGGCAAGAGAAUCAGACACAGACUAAUAACAAUAACAACCGCAAUUCCCUGAAGGAGAGUGUAACAGGCAGUAAUCGUAACUCCCUUAAAGACUCUGUGGGUGGUGGCAACAGCAAUAGAAGCUCACUGGACGUGUCCUCAUCUUCUUACAAUACUCUUAUCAUACACAACCAGGAUGACUCCUGGCCUCCAAGACCUACUCCUAUCAGAGAGCAUGAAAGGACAAGUAGUGAAGUAAAACACCCUACCACUCAGUCAUCACCAUACCACACACUGAAAAAGAAUGAAGGAGUGAAGAAACCUAGUGGGAUACCUGUACCCAAGAUGCAUAAGGAACAGAAUGUGACUACUACUGCCAACUACAUUGAUAUAGGUGGCCAGAGGAUUUAUACUAGCCCACCUGAUCAUGGCGUUCAGGAAAUAACCGAAAUCCCCGACGACUUUCUCAACCAAUCGUCAGUACUAAAGCAUUUAGCAAAGGAAGUAGCGCAGUCGCCCACCCCCCGCGGUCCCACCCCGCCCGCCUCGCCUCGCGCCCCUGCGCCUCCUCGGGAUGAUUCGAGGAAGGCUAAAGGGAAAUGUUCUAAGGCUAAGCUUAGUAAAGAGAAACUGAACCUGUCUAGGUCACAGCCUGAUCUUACGAGUGUGGGCGUUCGUGCAGUCCCCGGAGGUUCAGAGUCCAGUGGUUGGUGCAGCGGCGGCGAGGGCGAGCUAGAGGAACCUGACGAUGCAUUCACUGCAGUGCUCGAUGCCCUGGCUGCGGAGAACCAUCAGCUCAAGAGACAGCUGGCUGAUGCCUGCGAACGAGUUGCUAAGACUAAUAAGCUGGAAGAAGAAGUAGAGAAAGUCCGCACUGCUCACGAAGAGCUGGUGGGAUCGUGUGAGCGACGGGAGCGACUGGAGCGAGCGGCGCGAGUGCGGCUGCAAGCCGACUGUCGCCGCCUGCACGAUCUUAACCGCGCGCUUAAGCAACAGGUGGAGCUACUGUCGCAAGGAGUUCGCACUGAGAACGAUAGCAAUGCGGAGGCUUUACGCAAGGAGUUGCAGAACAGAGAGAUGCUCAUAGCACAACUCAUUACACAGAAUAAAGAGUUAGCGUGUGCUAAAGAGCGUCAAGAGAUCGAGAUGGCGGCACAACGCGCUACGCUACAGGAGCAGCGCACGCACAUCGACAUACUCGACACCGCGCUCACCAAUGCACAGGCCAACGUCGUGAGGCUGGAGGAGGAGUGUCGUCACGCGAGCGGCUACGUGGAGCGCGUGAUGGGGCUGCAGCGGGCGCUGGCGUCGCUGCAGCAGGCCUCCGACCGCCGCGAGCACACCGAGCGGAAACUGCGCGCACAGCUCGAGAAGGAGCUGCAGACCCUCAGGAAGCGCGAGUGCAACUGCGGCGGCGCGAGCGCUGCAGGCGGGCAGGGGGGAGGGGAGGCGGAGCUGCGGCGACAGCUGCGCGAGCGCGACGAGCGGCUGCUGGCGCUGGAGGGCGAGUGCGCCAAGUGGGAGCAGCGCUACCUGGAGGAGGCGGCGCUGCGCCAGGCCGCCGUCUCCGCCGCCUCCAUACCCAAGUCAGUACUGCAGCUGUGCCUAGUGUAUAGCGACGAGCGGCUGCUGGCGCUGGAGGGCGAGUGCGCCAAGUGGGAGCAGCGCUACCUGGAGGAGGCGGCGCUGCGCCAGGCCGCCGUCUCCGCCGCCUCCAUACCCAAGUCAGUACUGCAGCUGUGCCUAGUGUAUAGCGACGAGCGGCUGCUGGCGCUGGAGGGCGAGUGCGCCAAGUGGGAGCAGCGCUACCUGGAGGAGGCGGCGCUGCGCCAGGCCGCCGUCUCCGCCGCCUCCAUACCCAAGUCAGUACUGCAGCUGUGCCUAGUGUAUAGCGACGAGCGGCUGCUGGCGCUGGAGGGCGAGUGCGCCAAGUGGGAGCAGCGCUACCUGGAGGAGGCGGCGCUGCGCCAGGCCGCCGUCUCCGCCGCCUCCAUACCCAAGUCAGUACUGCAGCUGUGCCUAGUGUAUAGCGACGAGCGGCUGCUGGCGCUGGAGGGCGAGUGCGCCAAGUGGGAGCAGCGCUACCUGGAGGAGGCGGCGCUGCGCCAGGCCGCCGUCUCCGCCGCCUCCAUACCCAAGUCAGUACUGCAGCUGUGCCUAGUGUAUAGCGACGAGCGGCUGCUGGCGCUGGAGGGCGAGUGCGCCAAGUGGGAGCAGCGCUACCUGGAGGAGGCGGCGCUGCGCCAGGCCGCCGUCUCCGCCGCCUCCAUACCCAAGUCAGUACUGCAGCUGUGCCUAGUGUAUAGCGACGAGCGGCUGCUGGCGCUGGAGGGCGAGUGCGCCAAGUGGGAGCAGCGCUACCUGGAGGAGGCGGCGCUGCGCCAGGCCGCCGUCUCCGCCGCCUCCAUACCCAAGUCAGUACUGCAGCUGUGCCUAGUGUAUAGCGACGAGCGGCUGCUGGCGCUGGAGGGCGAGUGCGCCAAGUGGGAGCAGCGCUACCUGGAGGAGGCGGCGCUGCGCCAGGCCGCCGUCUCCGCCGCCUCCAUACCCAAGUCAGUACUGCAGCUGUGCCUAGUGUAUAGCGACGAGCGGCUGCUGGCGCUGGAGGGCGAGUGCGCCAAGUGGGAGCAGCGCUACCUGGAGGAGGCGGCGCUGCGCCAGGCCGCCGUCUCCGCCGCCUCCAUACCCAAGUCAGUACUGCAGCUGUGCCUAGUGUAUAGCGACGAGCGGCUGCUGGCGCUGGAGGGCGAGUGCGCCAAGUGGGAGCAGCGCUACCUGGAGGAGGCGGCGCUGCGCCAGGCCGCCGUCUCCGCCGCCUCCAUACCCAAGUCAGUACUGCAGCUGUGCCUAGUGUAUAGCGACGAGCGGCUGCUGGCGCUGGAGGGCGAGUGCGCCAAGUGGGAGCAGCGCUACCUGGAGGAGGCGGCGCUGCGCCAGGCCGCCGUCUCCGCCGCCUCCAUACCCAAGUCAGUACUGCAGCUGUGCCUAGUGUAUAGCGACGAGCGGCUGCUGGCGCUGGAGGGCGAGUGCGCCAAGUGGGAGCAGCGCUACCUGGAGGAGGCGGCGCUGCGCCAGGCCGCCGUCUCCGCCGCCUCCAUACCCAAGUCAGUACUGCAGCUGUGCCUAGUGUAUAGCGACGAGCGGCUGCUGGCGCUGGAGGGCGAGUGCGCCAAGUGGGAGCAGCGCUACCUGGAGGAGGCGGCGCUGCGCCAGGCCGCCGUCUCCGCCGCCUCCAUACCCAAGUCAGUACUGCAGCUGUGCCUAGUGUAUAGCGACGAGCGGCUGCUGGCGCUGGAGGGCGAGUGCGCCAAGUGGGAGCAGCGCUACCUGGAGGAGGCGGCGCUGCGCCAGGCCGCCGUCUCCGCCGCCUCCAUACCCAAGUCAGUACUGCAGCUGUGCCUAGUGUAUAGCGACGAGCGGCUGCUGGCGCUGGAGGGCGAGUGCGCCAAGUGGGAGCAGCGCUACCUGGAGGAGGCGGCGCUGCGCCAGGCCGCCGUCUCCGCCGCCUCCAUACCCAAGUCAGUACUGCAGCUGUGCCUAGUGUAUAGCGACGAGCGGCUGCUGGCGCUGGAGGGCGAGUGCGCCAAGUGGGAGCAGCGCUACCUGGAGGAGGCGGCGCUGCGCCAGGCCGCCGUCUCCGCCGCCUCCAUACCCAAUUCCGUGUUCAGGGACGCGAAGAUCGCGGCCUUGGAGAAGACGUCGGCCGAGUCCGAGCGGCUGAUGGCUGAAGCUCGCAACGAGAAGAUACGACACAUGGACGAACUUCACUCCGCGCAGAAGAAACUCGCUGAUUUGGAGGGAAGGGUAAAGGAACUAGAAUCUAAAGUAGCAGAGCGUGACGCGAUGAUCAAAGUUUUGCAGAAGCACACGAGUGCUGCCUACGACAGCGGCGCCUCACUGAGGAACAACUCCAGCCGCGAGGAACUUGUGGGUCUGUCGUCGGGCGCGUCGUUCUCGAGCGCGGAGGGCGGCGGCAGCGUGGCGGGCCGCUACCGACACCUCGCGCGGAGGAACUACUCGCCGCACAACGAUAACUCCAGUGGCUGCGGCUUCGACAGCACAUCCCUCCGCUUGGACGAGCAACUCGCAGCGCUGGAGUCUCGGCUGGAGCGGCCGCCCGUGCCUGCCCGCGGCCUCUGCUGCUUCCCCGGGCUGGGCACGGUGGGCGCGCGGGGCGGCGGCGGGCGCGGGGAAGAGGCACUGCUCCUUGAGCGCCAGGGCAGGGCUUCCCAGCAGACGCGCUCCUCGAGCCUGCCCCCGCCCCCCUCCGCGCUGCCUCGCCCCCCUCGCAAGCCCUCCGCCAGGAACACGCGAUACGACCGCUUGGAACAUAGAGAUGCGCGUAAGGACUCUGACGGCUCCGGGUCUAUCGCAUCAACGGCCUCUCGCAGCUCACCCCUCCCAUACGACACAGUUCGCAAGUUGCCCUCAGUACCGACCUCCGCGUCCCUCCCCGCAGCCGAAUCCCGAGAGUCACUGGUCCGGCCCCGAGACUCCAGCCUCCCGUCACCUUCGAAGCUGGCCGUGUAUGCAGCAGCAAGGAGACGGUCAGCCGAGUCUGCGAAAGAUAAUAACAAACGCACACAUCAUUAUAGGAUUCAGUUUUAGGACAACCUGGAUUUUGGUCUAUAAUGGCGUACAGGCUGCUAUUAGAACCGGCCUGUAAGUAACAAAUUGGCACAAACCAUGGUUAUUAUCAAAGGAACCUAUAGAGUAGUAGCGGUGUGCCCAGACUACAGGCAAAAAAAUGUAUUUAUAAAUAUUUACCAAAGUAUGUAUGUAGAGUUUUACAUGUCCUAAACACAUAGGUACACCUAGGUACGAAAGCGUUCACUCAUCCGAGAAGCCCUUCAUGAAACCUGAUAUUGACGUGUUUAUUUUCAGUUUAAACAUGGCAGCCGUAAAUAAAUAGAUGUUGCCUGUGUUUUUGAACAUGCGAAAUCCCCCUAAUACUUUUGAUUUUCGAUAUAUUUUGAGAUAGAACCCCAAAUUUUAGAGGUGUGAAUUGGGUGUGAAUGACAAACUAGUCUUAUGAUAAUUGUUUUUUUUUUUGUUAGUAUUAUCGGGAUUGAAAAGAAGAAGAAAUUAGAGUCCCUAUCAAAGUGCGAAGAGAUUUAGAAUUCAGCACCGGUGACCUUUAAACCAACACUUAAUUAGACCCCAUUUGCGAUGUAAACAAUUAACUGACAAUUCACUGUUUGAAUCCUACCUAAUGAGUAAUAAGGGAGUUCUCUUCUAUCUAAUAGUUUAAUUUAUGCAAAAAGCGUAUCCAUGUCUUAUUCAACGCCAAAAGAUACGGCAAUAGUAACAAAUAAUGUACUCUAACGAUGUCUAGUAAGUAAUUAAUUCAAUAUCUGUGUGUUGGUGUUUUUGCCCACGCAACGCCCACUUAACCCUAAAUAGCCUACGGGUCUUAGAUGUUCUUGAAGACUGGGCAUAUUUUUUGUAUGGAAAGCAAACUAAAGAAAAAAUAUGAUUUGAUUGACGAAGAUAUUCCUUUGUUUAAUUUCAGUGGACAAUUAGUCAUUUUUGAUACGAAUACACUUACGAAUCAACGAUACAUUGAGUUUUACGAAGUUUUCAUGAAUGAGUGAAUGAAUGAAUUUAGUGUUAUUUUUUAUGGAAGAAAAAAAAAGAAUGGUAAUAACAAAAAUUAAUCAUAAUGACCGCUGUUGACAUUUUUCAUUGAGUAGGUAAAACGGUUAGUAAUCGUGUUUUGCGUGUGAAAUUAUGAGUCUGUUGUAGCUAGUCGCGUUAUUUUAAGUUUAGGUCGUUUUAUUUAGAAGAACGACAUUUUUAUUUUUUAUGUCACGUUUUCAGCCAUGUACGAUGUUAAGAAACAAAAACUUAUUUAAAAUACACAUAAAAAAGAUUAAAAGGAAAAGUGUUCAAUUAAUAUUAAAAUUAAUUUAGUAUGAUUGAUCGUAGUUAGAUACCAAAGAUAUUGUAACUUAAUUUGUAGUUUAACUUUCACUAAACUAAAUUCAGUCUAUUGUUCUAUUGGCUAAGUUUCACGAUCAGUAAAUAAACCGAGAGUCAAUUAAUUCAGAAAAGCGAGUCGAAAUUGGUAACAAAAACUUGUUGUUUAUGUAAACAUCUUACUUAUCGACUCAAAUAACUGUAUAAGAAGACUUAGUUAUUACCUUUUUAAUAGAAGUAUAUAGUAGAUAUAACGAUACAAUAAAAUAAUAGCUUCGGCCAAGACGCCCGCGGUAAUUGGAACUAAUUAAAUGUUAGUUUUUCUGUAUUGCCCGCUGGAACGUUUUGCCGGCAAAGUACCACUUUAUAUUUCACAUUAAUUGCAUUUAAAGUCUGAAUAUUAAAAUACUUAAAUAAUAGCUCAAAUAGAUGGUAAUCAAACGCUUGUUUUUGUUUAAUGAAUGCUCGAUGAUCGUUGCAGCUAUUUCGGUAAGAAAUUGUUUGUAUUACGGCAGUGUCGGGUCAGUCGACGGUUUGCUUGUAGAGCCUAUUUCACACGGCGCUUGUUUGUCUUGAGACACUUUAUAAAUAUUUUGAAUACAGUAAAAAAUAACCGUAAAAUCUAUUUAGCGUACCUAUUUCGUUAGAAAGCCUGAGAUUAAUGAUAAACUUUUAAUUCUCUUGAAAUAUUAUUAACUUAUCUACCUGGCGCUUUUGUUAAUUCUCCUUGCAAAAGUAGAAACAUCUUGGCGCGUGUGAAGUGGGUUAUUACAAUUUAGCGAACGUCACGCAUCGGUAGUUCUGACUUGAAUACAAUAAUCAUGAACAAACAAUUACUUUCAGCUCGAGAGAUACUGUACCGAAUUUGUGAACCCACUUAUUGCUAUUGAUCGAAUAAAUGAGAGCGUUUCUAUA